AUGAAUGAUGAACAACAGAGGAUGUUCGAGGUGGCUAUCGUCUACAGUGAUCAUGGUCUUUCAUACAUUCCAUUGAACUUCAUGUUAGGCUUCUUUGUUACUGCUGUCUUAGGUAGAUGGUUAACCUUGUACAAAACAAUCGGGUUCAUUGACAAUUUGUCCAUAAAAAUAGCUAUGUACGUUCGUGGUAGUACCCCAGAUGCAGUACUGUAUAGAAGGACCGUGUUAAGAUAUUGCUCAUUGGGACAGAUUUUAGUUUUCCGAGAUAUUUCUAUGAAAACAAGGAGAAGGUUCCCAACAUUAGACUCUGUUGUAGCAGCUGGAUAUAUGCACGCUCAUGAAAAAGAAGUCUUUGAUUCACUGAAAUCUAACUUCGGCAAACACUGGAUGAUUUUUCAAUGGAGCUUGGCAAGAUUAUACGAGGCUCGUAAGAAAGGAUUUAUCGAAAGCGACUACUACCUCGUUCAAAUCGAAGAGGCUAUUCUCACCUACCGUGCUGGACUAUCUUGGUUGAUAGCUUAUGAUUGGUGUCCUAUCCCACUUGUGUAUCCACAGCUUGUCUGCUUAGCGGUACAUACGUUUUUUUUAAUCAGUCUGAUAGCCCGGCAAUAUAUAAUAUCACCUCAUGCGACCCAUGAUACUCAGGUUGACAUUUAUUUUCCUGUGAUGGGAUCGCUACAGUUUAUGUUUUACAUGGGAUGGAUGAAGAUUGCUGAAGUUAUGCUGAAUCCAUUCGGUGAAGACGAUGACGAUUUCGAAAGUAACAGAAUUAUCGAUCGUAACUUUGAAUUAGGCAUGGAAGUCGUUGAUCAAGGGUAUAAUAAUCCGCCAGCUUUACUCAUGGACCGGUUCCGGCAUGCCAAUGUUACCACUCAAAAACAUCCAUUGUAUUCAGAAGAAGCUUCAAGAAUGCCCAACUAUCAUCUGAGAGAAUCUGUCAGUCACUUAGAGCUACCUGAAUCGACGAAAGUAGUAAUGGUUCCGCAUGCAGAUGAUUAUGUGGAGAAGGAACCCUUAUUCGGCAAUAUAAGAGACAGAUUGAGCAGCAUAUCAGUAGCUAGUAUAUUCUCGAGAAAUCGCCAAAUGGAAGUUCGGAGACUUCAUGAGCAAGUUGGACGUACAUCAAAGCGUAAUUCUCUACCAUGCCCAUCCAUUCCAACGCAAAUCAGCUCACGAAAUGUUUUCGAGAAUUCUGCAUUCGACGAAGACGAAGAGUUAAAUCACCAUGAUACAAUUCCUCGCCCAUCAUCAAAUCUCAGAGAGCUCAGAGAUAUUCUGAAAGAAAAAGGAUACUGCGAAACCGAGGAUAGAUCGUCGAUUUCUCCCUCCUCCACAGUAAUUAAGAUGGAUGAUGAUGAUGAAAACUAUAGCUCUCGACAGAAGACAAUGUGA